CUCUCGCCGAUCACCCCUCUAAGAGUGGUUCGGUUAUUAUUCAACUUGGUUUCUCUACUUAACCUGGUCGGUAUAUUUCCGAUUCCUUCUGCUUACAAGAACCAACUCGGCCAAUACCCGACUGUACCCUCAGUACGGGUAUGGUCGGUCGGGGGCCGACACAACUCUCGCAUACAGGGACUACCCGAUAGCAAGGGCAAGGUCCCACUGUCCCUCACCAAAUAUUAGCCAGAUCAAAACGGUUAAGGAAAUCCCUACAUUCUCGGGGCCCAUAAAGCCCGUAAACAAGAAACUAUAAAAGAAAAAAUCCUAGAGUUGAGAAGACAGAUUAUACUCUUGAAUGCUCUGACUUUGAGGUCUGACUUAGGAAAAAACCCUAGUGCACCUCGUGGCCGGAACAAGUAGCAUAAGUGAAACUACAAAUGCAUAGACGUAUAUAGCAAGCAUAAUAUUUGGACAAAUUCUUGGUUCUUCUCAGUUUUAGAAAUUUAAACCUCCACCAUUCAUUGGAGAUUUUCAUAUGUUUCACGAAUAUAAUCGUAGUAUUUGCUAAGUUUCAUUUAAACAAAUAAUGACCGCGUUUUUAUCAUUAAAUAUACGGUUGGGUCAUCGCAAAAGUUUUAAAUCGGAAAUAGCGACCUGGAUUUGAACGUUUUCUGUGGGGGCGAGAAUAAAAGAAUAAUUCGUUGCACACUCAAAAUAGUUUUCAUUUCUUUAUAUUCCGUCAUUUAUUAUAUCUAUUCAUUUACCACUAUCUAAAUCUAAAUAUGGGUUGUAAAAUAAUAACAAUAAUAAUAAUUAUUAUUACCCUAAAGAAUAAUAGUACGUACUCAUUUGAAGCCAUAAAGCAUUCUGAACGAAGGCUAAUUAAAGAAAGAAAAGUCAUGAACCUUGCAACCCUCCAUAGAUUGACUUGGACGUUUGAAGGACCGCGUUUGCUUUAUAUAUUUAUAUAUACAUAUGUUCUUUUCUUGUGGAUCGCUGAAAUAGGUUAGUUUCCAUUCCUCCGUUACGUACCUUAAAGUAAGCAUCUUGAAAAGAAGGAAAAGGCAGAAGUUAUAGAGCAUCGCUCCCUCACUGCCUCUGCAAGCAAAGUCCCUGACAGGAUAUACCAAUAUUAUGUAUAGGAUAAAGUUAAAAGAUGUUAGGUGUAGCUUGUGUUAUGGUAGCCGCAAUUAAUUGUUGCAUUACAUCAGGGUAUCAUAAGAUUAGCGUUGUUUGUGUGGAAACAAAAUUGUAAAUGACUACUCCAGCGGAUACCAACCUUACUUUGUGAGCUUGUGUCAGCUGGAAGUGGCUAUUGAAUCAGAUGCCUUUCCCUUUGCCGCUGCUACCACUCAUGUAAUCGGAAUUCCUUUGUUGUUUCUUUCAACUUGUAGUAUUUCUUUUUCUUUCCUCAUUUCCCUUUUGAGAGCUAUAAAUAGCAUGCCUCACGUCCACCAUGUCCAUAUACAUGAGUGCUCAUUAUUAAUAAUUCAUAUUACCUUACCCUCUAUCAUUCACGGUUUGAACAGUUCAAUGGCUAACCCACCCCCAGUUCGUCCAUGGUUCCGCUUAGCCUCCAUUCGCUCCACCCCUGCUCCUGCUCCUGCCCCUGCCCCUGCCCCUGCCCCUGCCCCUACCCAAGAAACACGCCCUACCCUACCCGCAUUUAGAACAGCUUCAGCACCUUCUUCACCACAGACUCAUCCAACUCAAACCCCUCAAGAACCUUCUUCUCAACCUCACAAAGUUUCCUCUUCUCUCCCAACUUCUCCACUUCAAAAGCCUACACUCACCACUUCCCCACGUGUGCCAAGUCCCAAUAACCACUCUCCAAAAACAGUAAAACAAAGUGAUCAUAAUCGCAGCCCAAAGCAGUCACCCAACAACAAACACACCUCUCCUCCACCCUCUCCCCUCACCCUCCCACCUUCCCAGUUGCGGGCCGAGCCCAAGAUACCCGACCAGGCCGAGCCCAAAACCGUCCUAGUCCAGAAAACCAUCGACAGGCCCAAGCCCACCUCGCACAAUGGCGGCCACGUUAAACACCACCACGAUGAGUCCAAGGAGAAAAGCCUUCACAGAAAGGUUUCGGACUCCGAGGACUCCGGCAUGAGAGUCAUCACCAUUGCCGGAGAAAACCGUGGUGCCUUCAUGGAACUCAUCCAAUCCCCCAAGAAACACGACCCCAAGUACCUUCACAAGAAGGGCACCAUGAGUUCCAACAUCAACGUCGACGGGGUUGAAUCGGAGGGUUCCAGCGCUGAGGAAGGGAAUGUGAACAAGAAGGAUAAGAAUCAGAAGGGUAGAAGCGCGUCUUCGUUUCCCAUGUCUGCCUACAUGAACAGCAACGUUCAGUGUGUCAACAACUCUCUCCUCUACCACACUUCUUGCUCCCACCACGACCCCGGAGUGCGCCUUUCUCUUUCUAAGAAACCCUUCGGUGAAGGCUUCCAUAUCAAGGAACACGUUGAUGCCCACCACGAUUGAUUCUGUUUCUCGCUUACACUUACACUAUGCUAAUAUGGUAUAUAUCCCAGAAAAAAACAAACAAAAAAAAGGUUGAGUUGAGUUGAGUGGCCAACUAGGUGCAUGCAUGGAUUCUGAUUCUUGUGCUUCACUUAUUCUCUGGAGCCAAGUUGAAGAUUCGCCACUGCCUUUGGUGGAAAAUAAAUGUAUUGUAUGCUAAUAACUAUCCAAACACUUCAUUGAUUAGCUUUUGUAUGGAAGAGAUUCUGAUUUCUGAACCAGUGGAUUGGCGGGGGGGUGUGUGUACGUCUUAUUUGUUCAUUCAGAAGGUGCUGUUUCUAUCACCAAUAAUGUUGUACGUGUUAAAACAUUUGUUCCCAUAACAAUUCUGGUGUUCAAUUCCAUGUAUUUCA